AUGAAAACAAUACAGUGCAACCCCGCCGAAUUCGGUAGCGGCAUUGUCGGGGUUUUGGCCGUGAGCACCCGAAGCCAAGCUUCGGCUUUGCUGAACACGAGCUGCGCAGGACCUUCGAUCAGUACGGAAGGACAACAGGAGGGUGGCAGAGCGACGGCUGUAGAAGCUAGUGAGUGGGCCCGAGAUAUCUGGCGACACAGCAUUGGCCAAGACCUUAAGUCUCACUUUGCGAAGAACAGGCGUAGGCCGGUGAGCCUUUUCCAAUACGUGAAGGAGCAGUGCAGCAUGCCUGGUCCGGCAGACGAAGUUCCCCAAGUGCCGUUCCUAACCCGCCGACAGGUGGAAGAAUACGAGCAGCGACACGCCCAUCCAGCAGCGCUCAAAUGGCUCCACCACUGCGAUCAUCGGUUCUCGCCUCAGUACACAGCAGAGGUAGGGCUACAGGGAUUACGGCCGGGUUUCAAUGUUACGAGUUACGACUCCGACAUUUUCAAGGGCAGGGACAGAAUCAAGACAGAUCCUGGCGAAACAUAUCCGGAGGGUCUCGAGGGCUCGGGUCGUAUACAGAGAUCAGUGCCUGCUUUGGUUCUUUGGGCUUACUUUACUGACGAACGCGCUAAGAUGCCAUUUGCUCAACGACUACGGAAUCUAUCAGUGCUUAUGCGCUGGUAUCCGGCAGAGGUUACCUCGUUAGUGGUUGGUGAGUUUUUACGUCAACUGGAGAGCCGUACUCUGAAGUUCCCUACGGGGGAGCGACUGCUUCAGAACAGGGUAGCGCUAUGGCUGUCGGGGUACCGCGACGCAGGAAAUAGUGCGGUUAAGCAGUCGAUGGUGACUCACUUAGCGAAAUACCUAGAGGCAGUGAAACAAGAUGCACACGAAACAGUCACCCCUGAAUGGACCACUUACACUUCUCUCCGUCGCACUCAUCGUGAUGCCACCUCGAAGCGAUUCGACAUCUUAACACGUCGUUACACCCAAGCGUAUGAAGCUUGCAAAGACCGACUGCUGUCUGCUUACUUCCCAGUCGCCUCACCGGGCGUCAGCUCACUGCCUGAGGCCUUGUCCGCCGCCGAACAUGUGCCUCAAUUCCCUGUGGGAGGCGUGUCGAAAAUAUCCAAGUUCGACGACUACCAAGAUUACGAACUGCGCCAGUGGGCAUGGAUGGAAGAGCUGCUUGUGCGAACUCUGCUAGACAAGCUAGUCUCACAUCACGCGACCAAGACUGGUCAAGAUCGGAACGUCGUUGCACAGGCCUUACGUGGACCCAAUCGUUUUGCGCUUGCAGUCUCCCAAGACGAGAUACGCUCGAUGUACUCGGAAGUGCUUACCACCGUAGCAACGCGGGCGGCUGCGGAACAAGCUCAUGACUAUGGCUGCAGGAUCCUCUGUGCCGCGACUACUUCCUUUUGUAGCCCGCCAGAGAUAAAGACGGCGUCUUUGUAA